AUGUUACGCUGGAUUCUUGGAAGUAAGGAAGCCCAGAGCUCAGUGAAAAGCUCAGUGUUGUGCAUUGGUGAGGAACAACCCCAAAACUGCUUCACUGAGCUCCAGGUGCUAAAAGGACAUUUUGACAUUGUUCGAUUUCUGGUGCAGAUUGAUGACUUCAGAUGUGCAUCUGCAGGAGAUGAUGGCCUUGUGUUGGUUUGGGAUAUUGAGACGGGAGAAAAACUACAAGACCUUCGAGGACAUUCGCAGCAAAUCACCGCCAUGACGACUUUUGUUUGUAGAAGUGCACUUACGACGCAGACCUUGCUGAUCACUGCUUCUUCAGAUCGAAGUCUGAGUCUCUGGGACCCUGACACAGGAAACCGAGUUCAAAUGAUUUCUGAUCUUCAGUCGUCCGUCAAGUGUCUGUUGGUUCUGGAGCAGUUAUGUUUGUUUUUGUCUGGCGGAGACGAGUUGUGCGUCUGGAACAAAGACUUCCAGCUUCAGUGUCAUCAGCGGAGCCUCAGCGACACUGGAAUCUUUGCACUGAUAGAGCUUCCAAAGACUUGUAUAGCAGCUGCCAUGGAUAAAGAAAUCGUGAUUUACAAGUUAUCGGUCUCUGCCAGCUCGAUUUCUCUUACUGAGAUGCAACGUCUCUCUGAACAUCGGGACCAGAUCCGUGCUCUUAUAAAUGUCAAUGAGAACGUGUUUGCCUCUGGGUCUCAUGCCGGGGAGCUCAUUCUCUGGGACGCGGUGGACUGGAGCGCUCUGGCCUAUGAACAUAUCCUGUGGGAGGAGUCACAAAGUGCGUCGGAAAUACGCAUGGGGGUAUCGAAGCCGAGUGAGAUGUCGAUUCAGCAUCUUUGCUCCAAUGGAAAAAGUUAA